AUCAAUUGAUUUUCAAAAUUUGCAACAAUAGGAUCUCGCAGAUUAACAGACUUAGUUUUUAAAAAAAAUGCUUGCUGUAUUUUUUAGAGGAUUAAUGCUUACCAUGGUAACCUUCUUUUUCAUGGUACACUCCCAGCCGGUUUCUUAUGCAGACCUAGACUUAGGCUUUCGGAAUAGUAAUAUGCGUCAGUGGAAGCCGUUUUCCUCUGAGCCAUUAUUUCCGAAAAACUGGUUCGAAGAAUUUCCUUCGUGGGGCAGGUCUUUUAACCGUGAAAAAAGAAUUCAGAAAAAGUGGUAUGAAGGAGAAAAUGUAUGUGCAACUGAAACGGAAAAGCCCGUGACUGUUCCCAGUCCUUUGGAUCGUAAAAACGGAUUUCACUGGAGUGAGUCAGAGUCUUGCAAAGGUGAUAUGUACAAAUACGUCUGUGUUAUCAAAACUAAUGAUGGUAGUAAGGUGAAAGAAACAGUCAAAACUUCCCAAUGUUGCCCAGGGUUUGUUCGAACAACUGACGGAAGUCCGGGGUGUAUCGCCGAAGUGAAGCCGUGAACUGCACUACUACAGAAUUUUACAGAUUUUAGACGCUUAAGAACAUGCUUAUGAUUUAUGCUUAAAGAACAAUGAAAUAAAUUUCUUUUACUUUUAAUUGAAAAAAUAAAUUACAUUUUUACAUUUUUUUUAAUCAGUGAAACAAUUGUUAAAUAAUUA